GCCUCACACCUUCAGCGGGGUCAAAUUUCUCCGGCGGAUCACAGCAGCCUCUUCAGGGCAGCGUCUGCGGCCCCGCAGGACUCCCGCACAUCGCAGGCGUUUCCUCCUGGAAUAAUGACGCUGUUUGCGGCCCGUUCCGCCUCGGCGCGCGGCGCCUUCGGCAUGUAAAGCUCUGCGGUUCGGUGCGUGAAUUCAGAGGAUUCUGCGCGUUUGGAUGCGUUUCGUGGGCGCGCAGCGGCGGAGACUCGGAGAGCGGGAACGACUAGAUCUGCGACUCGGCUCACCAUGAACCUGAUCGGGGGCUACCAGCAUCACCACCACCUGAUGCACGAGCCCUUCCCGUUCGUGCAGCGGUGCCACCAGGACGCGCCGUACUUCCAGAGCUGGGUGGUGAACCACGGCGAGGUCCCGCCGGACUUCCAGAUCCAGACGCCCUACCCGGCCGCGGAGCUGGGGGCGCCGGGGGCGCCGCACGACGGCCGGCUGGAGGGGCUCCCGGCGGGGAUGGGGAAGCGGAGGGCGUCGGGGCCCAAGAAGGAGCGCCGGAGGACGGAGAGCAUCAACACGGCCUUCGCGGAGCUGCGGGAGUGCAUCCCCAACGUGCCCGCGGACACCAAACUGUCCAAAAUCAAGACGCUGCGCCUCGCCACGAGCUACAUCGCGUAUCUGAUGGACGUGCUGGCCAAAGACUCCGGGGAGACGGAGGGCUUCAAGGCCGAGAUCAAGAAGUUUGAAACGCGGGACCUGAAGCGGAAACGGGAGCUGCCCGACGGCCUGCAGGAGACCAUCGGAGCGGAGAAGAAGGCGAAGGGCCGGACCGGGUGGCCGCAGCAGGUCUGGGCUCUGGAGCUGAACCAGUGACCCCCCCACCCCCUGAAGACCCUCCACCUCCACCCGCUUCUUCUGGAUUCAAACUGAGCACGCACGCGCUGAAAAGGUGUCAAAGACUGUGGAAAGAGACGAGAACGAGGCGCCGCUGGUGCGCUCUCGAGGAGCGGAGCGCGCGGCUCCAGCUGCCGCCAGAAUCCCGCACCUUUUCCCGCUCGGCCCCCCACCAAAGAAAAGAAAGACGUUUCUGCUUCUUUCCCGCCUUUGCUUGUAAUUAAGCUCCAACCGAGAAACGCGGGAAAAGGAAGUUCUGAUGAAGAGGAGAUCUCCUGGAGCCGCGACGCCGCAGGUGUUCCUGCGGACACAGGUGGUUGUUCCACGCGCGUUUGGCUGCUGUUUGUUGCGGGAUCCCGUUGAAUCUACCUCAGGCCCCCGGAGUGUCCGCGCGGCGUGACACCUUCACGCGGCGCAGCAGAGACCCGCAGCUUUCACGCACCAACAGGUUUCAACCCCUCCGCGUGCGUGUGGCCGCAGACGUGUGUUUUAGGUGUAAAGUUAUCUAUGGUUCCGGGAAUAAAUGAAUUAUUUUAAGACACGCGGGUUUGGGAUUAUUGAUGUUUUCUCCCUCGUAAAUUGUAUUAUUUUAAUUUAUUAUUUUCCUGUGUUUUUUAAAUCAGUUCUUCAUGUUUUCUCAUAAACAUUUUAGGGAUUUUAUUUAGAAAAUGUUUAUAUAUUUUAUCUAAAACACAAACAUUUAAGCGAAGUGUUUUAAAAACAAAGUAACUCUGUCAAUAAAAGCAAACAGUGACACCUGGCGGCCAAAAGCUGCAACAAACAGACAUUAAAACUAGAAGU